UCAUUUUCAAAAUUGUAAACAAUAAAGUGUGGUGAUUGUCAAUCGAUCUGAAAUUCCGAUAAAAUGUCAAAACGUCCACCAGAAAGGCGUCAAGAUAAUGAAGAAGGUCCGAUUAAAAAACGAAGGAAUGAGGGACCCGUGCCACCUAUGUUUAAAGUAUUUCAUUGUGAGGUUGCGUCUGUGAAAGAGUAUGGGAUAUUUGUCAAAAUUCCAGGAACAGACAGACAAGGCUUAGUACACAAAUCGCAGAUAUCGAAAAGUAGGGUGGACGACCCUAGUGACAUGUUUGCAAGAGGGGAAUAUGUUUACUGUAAAGUCAUAUCAAUUCAAGAAGAUGGUGAUAAGAUAGGACUUGCAAUGAAAAGUGUCAACCAAACUACCGGCCAGGAUCAAGAUCCAAAUAACAUAGAGCUUAGUCAGGAUGAGCAGAGGCGUAAACAGUUUGGAAACCGACCAGGGCGAGAGAAGAUUGUCCUGGAUGCUGUACUCGAUACUACGUGCAAGAAAUGUGGGGGCACGGGUCAUUUAGCCCAAGACUGUUUUAAGACCGGGGACGCAUCGUACGAGUUGAUACCUGACCUGGACGACUAUAUGCACGAAGUGGGGACUUCAAAUGUUCACAAGAAAGAUACAGAAUCGUCACCAAAGAAAAAGAGCAAAAAGAACAAGAAGGAGAAGAAGAAAAAAGAGAAAAAGAGAAAGAAGAAGACAAAGCGAUACAGCAGCUCAAGUUCAAGUUCAGAUUCCAGUAGUGACGACGAUGUUAGACAUAGGAAAAAGAAACACCACAAAGAAAGGCGUGACCGGAAGAGGGAAAAGGAAAGAAGGGAGCGACGUCACAGUAGUUCAAGCAGUGGAUGAACUGUUUUGAUACAAACAGGAUAAACAAGGGAUGCAGUUCAUGUAUUAAGAUCAACAAAUACAAUAUGCAGCCAAUGGUGAUGACGUAUAUUGGAGGGCUGUUCAAAAAUCUCUUAGACUUUUUUGAGUAAAAGCUUUGCCUUGCAGAAAUUAAACAUAAUAAAUGUUAGGUAUUCUGCUCAUAAAAAUAAUGUUUUAUUUCGUUUUGCUAAACUGACCUUCCAUAGAAAAUUAUUGUUUUAUUUCGUUUUGGUAAACUGACCUUCCGUAAAAAUAUAUUAGUAUAGUCUAUAAACCUGUCGAACAGCCCUCCUAUACAUGUAUAUAUGUAUGCACUUUAUUCGGGCCGUUAUGGACUAUGGGAAAAUGGAGGGUUGUGUUGUGUAAAUGUACUAAAUAAAUGGUUUUAAUAUAA